AUGGCCAGCAUGAAACAAUUAUUCACCUCCACCCCUGUACUGGUACAGCUUGAGCCAGCCCUCCAGUUUGUGGUACAGGUGGAUGCCUCUGACACUGGGGAUAGAGGUGGUGUUGUCCCAGCAUUCUGGUCCAAACCCGAGGCUCCAUCCGUGUGCCUUUUUCUCCCACAUGAUGUGGAGGACUGUAAACUGCUAGAAGAGAAGAGGUUUGUGUUCAUACUCACCUACCACCCUGGUUACAGAAAUGUCAAGCCAGCCAUGCCCUGUCCAGAUAGCAUAACCCGGCUAAACGAAGAAGACUACAUCCUUCCAGCUUCCUGUGUGGUUCUCCAGUGCGCUCACACAUCCCGGUUCGCCUGCCUCCCUGGCAUUUGCUGCACCGUCUGUUUGGUGGCCCAGAAGGGGAAAUCCUCCCACCCAUCGAGCUCCUUCCACUCUCCUUUGACUCUCCCAUCAGCCAAGGAGAUGGCAGACCUGUUAGUGGUGCACGUGUUCCGUUUGCAUGCAGAUGAAGUAGCAGUUUUUUUGUUUUUCUUCUUGCUCACUUGGAAGGAGCAAAUGACCAGCGAGAAUUCAAUUAGCAACAUGUCCCUCUCAGCCGGGGGUCCGAGUCGCUGCUUGACGGCCCGCAUCGGAGAUCAAGCCGGCCCAAGUGAAGUGACAGCAAGCAAGAGAAAGGGGUGCAGGAUGUACAGCUUUAUGGGUGGAGGGUUGUUUUGUGCAGGCGUGGGGAACAUCCUCCUGAUCGUUUCCACAGCAACCGAUUACUGGAUGCAGUAUCGACAGUCCAGUAACUACAUGCACCAGGGCCUGUGGCGCUACUGUAUGCCAGGGAAAUGCUUCCCACACAACGACAGCAUUGCCCACUUAGAUGCCACCCGAGCCCUCAUGAUCCUCUCUCUUUUGGCCUGCUUCAUUGGCAUCAUCAUUGGCAUUAUGGCCUUCAUCCAUUACUCCUCCUUUGACAGGUUUGACAAAACCUUUGCUGCAGGCAUAUUGUUUUUCAUCUCAUGCUUUUUAGUGUUUCUAGCAAUGGCAGUGUACACUGGGGUGACUAUUAACUACUAUGGGAAACGCUAUGGAAACUGGAGGUUCUCCUGGUCCUAUAUCAUUGGCUGGGUGUCAGUGGUACUCACCUUCUUUUCAGGUAUAUUCUAUUUGUGUGCCUAUCGGAUGCAUGAAUGCCCCAGGAGCGCUAACUCUCAUUAG